AUGGAUACCAACAUUCAACGCGCCCUGAACGACAAACUAUACGACAAGCGCAAGGUCGGAGCACUUGAGUUAGAGAAAGUCAUACGAGACCUUGUCGCGGCCAAGGACUAUCAACGAGUACACGAUAUUCUCGAGCAAUUGUGCAAUGACUAUGCCUAUGCAGUUCACCAGCCUCAUGCUCGAAAUGGGGGACUUAUCGGCCUCGCUGCGGCGGCGAUUGCUCUUGGCCCUGACCUCCCACGGUAUCUUUCUAGGAUAGUUCCGCCAGUGCUUGCCUGCUUCACUGACCAAGAUGCCCGUGUAAGAUACUACGCCUGUGAGGCAAUGUAUAACAUUGCCAAAGUCGCAAAGGGUGAGAUUUUGGUCUAUUUUAAUAGCAUAUUUGAUCAACUCUGUCGGCUUGGGGCCGACUCCGAACUAUCGGUAAAGAAUGGCGCUGAAUUGCUGGACCGGCUUGUUAAAGAUAUUGUUUCCGAAUCGGCUGCUUCAUAUGUAUCGGUACUUGAGGCACCGCCAAGGUUCGACGGCGAUGACAAGGCCGUCGUAGAGGACCAGCAAGUAACUCUACCUACUGCAUUCUCGCUGUCAAGAUUUAUCCCGUUGCUGAAGGAGAGAAUAUGGGUCAUAAACCCCUUCACUCGACAAUUUCUCGUUGGCUGGAUAACCCUGUUGGAUUCUAUUCCUGACCUUGAACUCGUCACGUAUCUUCCUGACUUUCUUGGGGGUCUUCUCAAAUUUCUUGGAGAUCAGAAUGCAGAUGUGCAAACUGCAACGCAGUCUUGUCUUGACAAAUUUAUUAAUGAGAUCAAACGAAUCUCGCGGGUGAAGAAAGGAAUUGUUGAGAGCAAAAAGUCGAGAGAGGGGGGCAAGCGAAAACGUCAAGAGUCCAUGGAUACAGAAAGUCUUCGGCCAGACCUCGAAGAAGGGGACGAGAUCGAAUCCGAUGCCUUUGACGACGAUGAGGAAGAUAGCGCUGAGGAAGAUUGGAUUCCAGGGCAAGAUGUUGAAAUCAACUACAAAAACAUAUUAGAGAUCCUUACGGCUACUUUGGAUUCUCCACUAGUAGAAGAAGACUGUCUGUUGGAAUCUCUUAGAUGGAUUGUGGAAUUUCUCGACAUAUGCCCAGAGGAAGUGUUGCCCUUCACGCCGAAGAUCCUCGCUCACAUGCUUCCUGCUAUGGCUAGCAGCAAAGAGACCAUUCACCAAGCUGCUACCCGAGUAAAUACCUGUCUCAUGGAUUAUGUAGUCUCAAUCUCUGACGACUCAGGACUAAGCUACCAAGGCAUUUCAGCAGGCCAAAGUCAACAAGCAUCGCUGACAUUAGCUGUCGAUCGACCUGAUGAUUCCCAUAGCAAUCGGAUAUCUUUAUCGAGCAUUCGUGAGCAGGGUACGCAGAGUCCUGGUCAUGGUCUGGGCCGAUCGGCUUCUGUAUCCGGUGGAUUGUCUGCCAACUCACCCCAGACUGACCUCGAUUAUGCUGCUGCUGUCAACUCCCUCACUCUUUUAUUUCUAAAUGACCAUGAAGCAACAAGGGUUGCUGCAUUGACAUGGCUUAUUAUGCUUCACAGAAAGGCGCCUAGAAAAGUUCUAGCAUUUAACGAUGGGACAUUUCCCGCGUUGCUCAAAACCCUUUCUGAUCCAUCCGACGCGGUUGUCACAAAAGACUUACAGCUGCUAUCGCAAAUAUCCAGAAAUAGCGAAGAUGACUACUUUGCAAACUUCAUGGUCAAUUUACUGCAGCUAUUUUCUACCGAUCGCAAACUUCUAGAAACCAGGGGCAACUUAAUUAUCCGGCAACUAUGCAUCAGCCUCAGCCCUGAGCGAAUAUAUCGCACCCUAGCUGAUUGCAUAGAGAAGGAAGAGGAUGUUGAAUUUGCUAGUAUCAUGGUGCAAAAUCUCAACAACAAUCUUAUUACGGCUCCACAACUUGCAGAAGUACGGAAACGUUUACGAAAUCUGGAAACCAAAGACGGACAAACAUUGUUUGUAGCUUUAUUUCGCUCCUGGUGUUACAAUGCUGUUGCCACAUUUUCUCUGUGCUUGCUUGCACAAGCUUACGAGCAGGCUUACAAUUUGCUUCAAGUAUUUGGUGAAUUAGACAUGACGGUAAAUCUUCUUAUCCAGGUCGAUAAGCUAGUGCAACUCAUUGAAUCUCCCGUCUUCACGUAUUUGAGGCUGCAACUGCUGGAACCGGAGAAAUAUCCAUACCUAUACAAAUGCAUGUAUGGGAUCCUGAUGUUGUUGCCACAAUCAUCAGCCUUUGCGGCCCUCAAAAAUAGACUCAACAGCGUCAGCUCAAUUGGGUACUUGACUGUGGCACCUCGGAGUGCGGCAACGCCAUCCGGCAGCUCCAACUACGACCGGCCAAAUCGGCUGAAAGGUCGAGACGACGGCGGCAUCAGGUGGGUCGAGCUUCUGGAAAAGUUUCGCAGCGUGCAGGACCGAGCAAGACGAGUGCAGCGGCACAAUCUGGAAGGAGAAGACAUCGCCAUGACAAGCCUAGGCGAGCUUCGUAUGGCAGAUGGACCACUGGACUUGAAGAACAGCAAUCGAGCACCCGCUCCGGUGAUUUCCCCGGCGGCAUCAAAAGAACUUGCUCCAACACCUCCAGUCAAGAAAUCUGGCCUGGGUAGACAAUUUGGAAGAUUGGGCGGCGCAGUUUCGGGCAAGAGCAAGAGAAGUUAG